UUGAUUUUUGUCAUCGCUAUUUGAUAGUUUUCCAAUGAACUUUUAUAUUGUAAAUUAAGCUCAAGUCACGUGAAGCUGACGAAGGCAUAUUUCGAUAACUCUACAAGGUUGUUCCUGUUUGGGUAACAACAUGACGGAGCCCUUGAGGGAUAAUUCUGCUUUCUCGGCUUCGGUUCUACGUUUGCAAAAUCGUUUGGCAUUUUUUCAACGUGGCCGUCAGGCGAUCUUGGAUUAUAUAUCUACACACAUUGUGUUACGAUGGAUAUAUUUUGUGAUUCUUUUCUACGUAUUUUGGUACCGCGUCAUUGCUUACGCUAGUCAUUUUGUUAUCGCAUAUAUGUACGCAGUUUAUGCGCUUAAUUCUGUGAUUCGUUUCUUAACACCAUUGGAUUUUCAGGAUCUUUGUGCAGCUCACGAGGCUGCUCAUGGUGGUACUAUAUUACCCUCUAGUGAGGGUAAUCGUACUGAAAUAACUCUUGAGAAGAUGCGUCAUCCGGAUACAGUUUAUGAAUUUAGGCCAUUUUUGCGUGAUAUGAACGAGUUCACAUUUUGGCUAUGUUUGGUCCGGGCAACAUACGUUGCUUUGUUUUGUAUGUUAUUUGACGCAUUGGACGUUCCAGUAUUUUGGCCAUUAUUGGUUGUUUAUUUCGUUGGUCUGUUUGCUCUUACUAUGCGUGAGCAGUUGGAGAACAUGAUUAAAUAUAAGUAUGUUCCCUUUAACAUUGGUAAGCGUACCUAUGGUUCGAUAACUCGUCAAGCCAGGUAGUUCUGUAGCUUCUAUAAAAACAAAUCGGCUUUAUACCGUUGAGCACAUAAAAUAUGUGUUGCGGCA